GAAACUGAGUUUUUGGAUAUCGCCACCAUUAGGGACACAAGAGCGGGAAAAUAUGCCAAACUCCCUAAACAUCCAAAGGUUCGUAACGUCUUCAACAUGGAUUUUCCUGACAGCCAUCAUCUGGCCAAAGCGCUGACCAUCGUGACGGGACCAGACACCGUCAGCCUCUCCUAUCACAACUUCUUCGCUGCUAAAGAAGUGGCUCAGACUUGGGCAGACGACAUUCUGGCUAUAGCAUAUAACACACUGAGAUCAAACGCCUGCAGACAGGUCUUCCUGGAGAAAGUGUAUGUCCGACUUUCAUUGCAGACCAACAAAGAUGGAAAAAUUCCUGUUAAAAACAUCUUAAAGAUGUUUCCAGCAGACAAGAAAAGAGUGGAAGCUGCUCUGGCUGCAGCAAAUCUCCCGAAGGGAAAGUUUGACACCAUUAAGUCUGAUGUGUUCACUGAAGCAGCCUUCAAGACCUUCAUACUCAAUCUCUGUCCCAGACCUGAAAUCAAUGAAAUCUUCACGUCCUUGUGAGGAAAGGGUUUCAUGACGAAGGAGAUGCUGACCAAGUUUCUGAACGAGAAACAGCGAGAUUCCCGUCUCAAUGAGGAGCUGUUUCCACUCGUCAGACCCGAACAGGUGAAGAAUCUCAUAGAGAAAUACGAGCCGAGCUCGUCCAACGCCAGCCGCGGUCAGAUUUCUCCGGAUGGUUUGAUGUUUUAUCUGAUGGGAUCUGAAACAUCAGUGGUGAAACUGGACAAACUGGCCCAGAGUCACGAUAUGACUCAACCAAUCCCACAUUACUUCGUCAAAUCCUCCCACAACACCUAUCUCACAGCGGGGCAGCUGACGGGCAUCUCGUCUCCGGAGAUGUACCGCCAGUGUCUCCUCGCCGGGUGCCGCUGUCUGGAGCUCGACUGCUGGAAGGGCAAACCUCCGGAUGAAGAGCCAAUCAUCACCCACGGCUUCACCAUGACAACCGAGAUCCUCUUCAAGGAUGUGAUUGAAGCGAUUGCUGAGAGUGCCUUCAAAACGUCCAAGUAUCCUGUUGUCCUUUCGUUUGAGAACCACGUCGAUACAGUGAAGCAGCAGGAGAAGAUGGCCUACUACUGCAGGACGAUCUUCGGAGACGCUCUGCUCGUUGACGUACUGGACAAAUAUCCCCUGAAGCCGGGUCAUCCGGUGCCGAGCCCGUCUGAGCUGAUGGGUAAAAUACUGAUCAAGAAUAAGAAAAGCAGCGCACCUGCCAGCAAACCAGAACAGGCCAAGAAAGCGUCUGGUCCAGAGCAAGCAAACGCAUCUGCGGACGACUCUGAGUCCAACCAGCCGGCCGAUCCAAACCAACCCGCUCCCGAUAACCCAGAGGCCAGCGACCCGCCGCAUGCAACCGAUGAGCGUGAAGAGCAUGAUGACCACGAUGAACAGGACGAAGAGAAGAUGAAGAACUCUGAUGAGGGAACCGCUGGACAGGAAGUGACAGCAUACGAGGAGAUGUCCGCUCUGGUCAAUUACGUACAGCCCAACAAAUUCAUCUCUUUUGAGAACGCAGCCAAAAAAAACAAGAGUUUUGUCAUCUCUUCCUUCGUGGAAACCAAAGGAGAGAGUCUGAUCGCUAAGAACGCUGUGGACUGGGUCGAAUAUAAUAAGAGGCAGAUGAGUCGUAUCUACCCUAAAGGAACCCGUGUGGACUCUUCAAACUACAGUCCGCAGCCCUUCUGGACCGCCGGCUGCCAGUUUGUGGCGCUCAACUACCAGACUAUGGGAACUGUAUCCUGUGUUCAGAUUUACUCCGGUCAGUUCCUGUCGGAUAAGCACGUGAAAACCGGAGUGGAGGUCGAGCUCAUCGGUUUGCCCAAAGACCCCAAACGCAAAUACCGCACCAAAAUGAGCACGACGGCCAACGCCAUCAACCCCGAGUGGAACGAGGAGCCUUUCGUCUUCGAGAAGAUCUUGCUGCCGGAGAUGGCUUACCUCAGACUCGUGGUUCAGGAGGAGGGCGGCAAGUUCUUGGGUCACCGAAUCAUCCCUCUGGACGCUCUGCAGACAGGUUUCCAGCACAUCUGUCUGCGCAGCGAGGGCAACAUGCCGCUCACACUGCCAUCUCUGUUCGUUCACAUCGAGGUGAAGGACUACAUCCCCGCUGCAUUCGCCGAUUUCUCAGAUGCACUUUUCAAUCCUGUGAAGACUUCAAAGCCACCGAAGACUGAGAGUUUAACAUACGUGUGUGAAUAUGAGUUACCUCUCACUGACGGAGCCCAGACACCUGCCGCAGAACUGAAGGCCGCAGAAGAAGCUCCAGCAUCAUCAGAGGCUGAAGCUGCAGUGACUCCAGCAGAGGGCGACGCUGCACCUCCGGCAGAACAGACUCCAGCGCCAGAACCUGAACCUGAGCCCAAACCAGAGGAAAAACCAGAACCAGAGCCCAAACCAGAGGAAAAACCAGAGCCAGAACCCAAACCAGAGGAAGAACCAGAGCCAGAACCCAAACCAGAGGAAAAACCAGAACCAGAACCCAAACCAGAGGAAGAACCAGAGCCAGAACCCAAACCAGAGGAAAAACCAGAACCAGAACCCAAACCAGAGGAAAAACCAGAACCUGAACCCAAACCAGAGGAAAAACCAGAACCUGAGCCCAAACCAGAGGAAAAACCAGAGCCAGAACCCGAACCCAAACCAGAGGAGAAAACAGAACCAGACCCUGAACCAAAAUCAGAAGAAAACCCAGAAGUUGCUGCAGAUGCAGAUGCUGUCGUCACGGAGACCAAAGAAUCCAGUGAGGAAACCCCAUCUGAUCCAUCAGAUAUCACCACUGUGACCUGUGAAGAACUGCAGCAGCACAAGAACUUCCUGAAAGUCGCCAAGAAACAGGAAAAAGACCUGAAGGACACGGAGAAGAAGUUUCAGAAGAAACGAGAAGAACUGAUUCAGAAAUACAGCGACCAGUUCAAAGCCUUGAAGAAGAAGAAGUCUGGAGAUGAUCCGGGUGACCAGAUGAAUGAACUCAAGCAGAAGCUGAAGUCGGAGCUCAGGGCUCUGCUGGUGGAGCAACACGAUCAAAUCAAGAAGAAGAAAGAACAAAACAACACUGAGCGUUUGACCAAACUCCUGGAAAUGGCCACAGAGAAGCACUGCAGUGAGAUCAAGGCACUCAGCAGUGAGCCCAAGAAGAAAGACAAAAUGAAGAAAUGCAAAAGUACGGAGCAGCUUGACAACGAUAACGCACAGUCGGCAGAUAACAGCAGCGCUGAUGGUUCACCGCAGGAACAGAGUCUGAAGAAGAAACAGGCCGCUACACUGGCCAGCAUCAGAGAUCUGAUCAGUCAGCUGAAUAAAGACACCGUGGCCGAACACGCCAAGAAGAUGUGGUCUCUGCCCAGUGAGCUGUCCGAGGCCGUCAACUCCUGCGUCCAGCCGCAUUUCCCAGAGCUUGUGGAGAAGGCCGGCGAGAGCCGCUCCGAAAACACCGGACAGUACAACCAUGUGUUCGUAGGAUGAGCUCACUCUUAACAGUUCAAAUUAACUCGGCAUUAAUAUUUAUCAUUCUCAUUUAUUUGACACUUAUUUAUAUUUUAGUGUACACUGUGUUCUUUUCAUUACGUAAGGCAAGACUAAGGACAUGUUUGCUUUAAUGCAAUUUAGCACUCAACCUCGCAAUAAAAUCAGUGUAUAAAAUGAAAACUCUCAUGA